AUGGCUUUGAGCGGAGAUAAUACAUUGAGGGUAUUCUUUUUCCUCGCGAUGGUGGUGUGCGCCGCGCACGCGGCGAAGGAAGCCCCAAAGGGGAAGGAUGAGAAGAAAGACGAUUCCGCCGCGGCGCCGGGGCCCUCCGGCGGCGGCGGAUCCUCCGACAUAUCCGAGCUGGGAGCCAAGGGUGACGGCAAGACGGACUGCACCAAGGCGCUGAACGAAGCGUGGACGGCGGCGUGCGGCAAGGAGGGGGCGCAGACGCUCACGAUCCCUAAGGGUGACUACCUGACAGGCCCCCUCAACUUCACUGGCCCGUGCAAGGGCAGCGUCACCAUCCAGCUCGACGGCAACCUGCUCGGCACCACCGACCUCAAAGCGUACAAGACCAACUGGAUCGAGAUCCAGCAUGUCGACAACCUCGUCAUCACUGGCAAGGGCACCAUCGACGGCCAGGGCAAGCAAGUCUGGGACAGCAACAAAUGUGCCCAGAAAUACGACUGCAAGAUCCUGCCCAACUCAUUGGUGCUCGACUACGUAAACAACGGCACCGUCUCCGGGAUCACCCUGCUGAACUCCAAGUUCUUCCACAUGAACGUGUUCCAGUGCAAGGGCAUCACAAUUAAGGACGUGACCGUCACCGCUCCGGGAGACAGCCCCAACACUGACGGCAUCCACAUGGGAGACUCGUCCAAGGUCACCAUCACCGGAACCACCAUCGGCGUCGGUGACGACUGCAUCUCCAUUGGCCCUGGCAGCACCGAGAUCAACAUCACCGGAGUCACCUGCGGCCCCGGCCAUGGCAUCAGUAUCGGCAGCCUGGGCAGGUACAAGGAUGAGAAGGAUGUGACCGACGUGAACGUCAAGGACUGCACGCUCAAGAAGAGCACCAACGGUGUUCGCAUCAAGUCUUAUGAGGACGCCGCAUCGACGCUCACCUGCUCCAAGGUCCACUACGAGAACAUCGCGAUGGAGGACGUGGCCAACCCUAUCAUCAUCGACAUGAAGUACUGCCCCAACAAGAUCUGUACCAAAAACGGCGCCUCCAAGGUCACCAUCAAGGACGUUACCUACAAGAACGUCACUGGCACCUCGUCCACCCCCGAGGCCGUCAGCCUCCUUUGCUCGGAGAAGCUGCCAUGCACCGGCGUCACUAUGGAUAACGUCAAGGUUGAGUUCAAGGGCACCAACAACAAGACCAUGGCGGUCUGCAACAAUGCAAAGGGCAGCGCCACGGGCUGCCUCAAGGAGCUGGCUUGCAUAUGA